UGGCUACUGAUAUUUAUAGGAGCAGCAGGAUUAUAGCUCCAUGAUCUCUCAAUUCUGCUGCUGUGCAAACACAAGAGGGAAAGAUGGUCCCCAAGUCCUGUGAGCUUUAUAUUUAAAACAGAAGAAAUAAAACAUCAAGGCAACGGAAAAGAUAAAGCUGUGCUGGUCAGUGGGAUAAGCAGCAAACCCAUGGAUGAAAAUGCUUUGGAGCCUACACUCUGUCUCAGCCCAUCUUCAUCAUGCACCCAGGCUCAGGCUGCCUGGAAACAGCCCCACAAGCUGAUGCAUUCUGGUGGCCGGGGGAAUACCUUGCCUUAAAUAUUCAAGAAUUGCAGUUAUGGGGAUGCAAUAAGAAAAUGGACUACAAACUAUCAGAUGCUGAGAGGAAACCAAGAGGGAUGAUCCGAGGCACGGAACAUCUUCUGCAGAGGCCCUGAGUCAGCAGAAAUGCCAUGGAGGAGCUGGAAAAACAACGUGUGAGCAUCGAAUUAACCUGGUGGCAGCAGGAUGCUGUAUGGACUGGGGGUUUGAACAGGUUCAGGACGCAACUUGGCACACCAUGGAUACCACCGGCCACAGCGUCCUCCUCCUCCAGCAGCUGAACAUGCAGCGGGAGUUUGGCUUUCUGUGUGACUGCACAGUUGCCAUUGGAGAUGUUUACUUCAAAGCCCACAGAGCGGUGCUCGCUGCUUUUUCAAACUAUUUUAAGAUGAUAUUUAUUCAUCAGACGAGCGAGUGCAUAAAAAUUCAGCCUACAGACAUCCAGCCUGACAUAUUUAGUUACUUGUUACAUAUCAUGUACACUGGGAAAGGGCCAAAGCAGACUGUCAGCCAGAGCCGACUGGAGGAGGGCAUCCGCUUUCUGCACGCAGACCACCUCUCGCACAUCGCCAUCGAGAUGAACCAGGCCUUCUCCCCAGAGCCGGUCCAGUCCUCCAACCUGUACGGGAUCCAGAUCUCUACGGCACACAAGCUGGCAAAGGAGCGCCUGGGAGCGAAGGAGAGCCUGCCCAAGGCGGGGAGCAGAGCUGCGGCCCAGGGCGAUCACCCCCAGCUGCAGCUGUCCCUGGCCAUCGGCCUGGACGACGGCCCCCUGGACCAGCAGGUCGCUCGCCCCUCGGCUCAGCCCGCGGCUCUGGCCAAGCCGGCGGAGGAGCGCCCGAAGCUCUCAGUUUCCAUAAAGCAGGAGAGGUGCGACUCGGAGCCCGUGGUGUCCCAGAGCUGCACGCCUCCCUCUCCGGAGGUAGCGAGCCCCAUCUUUGCCAAGGGCAACCUCCGGGUGCACCUGUGCCACUACUGCGGGGAGCGCUUCGAGUCGCGCGAGGGGCUGCGGCAGCACCUGCACACGCACGUCUCGGGCUCGCUGCCCUUCGGCGUGCCCGCCUCCAUCCUGGAGAGCAGCGACCUGGGAGAGGUGCAGCCUCUGGCUGAGGACAGGGAGCCUGGGGACGGCCAUCGCCUCGGAGCCUUCCUCCUCAAGGAGGAUGAGCAUCAGCUGGAGCACCCGAGCUGCAGCGACCUGGAGCCUCUGCAGAUCGGGCAGCUCUCCCUUAUCUCCAAGGACCAUGAGCCGGUGGAGUUGAACUGUAACUUUUCUUUCUCAAGGAAGAGAAAGAUCAGCUGCACCGUGUGCGGCCGCACGUUUUUCCGGAAGAGCCAGCUGCUGGAGCACAUGUACACGCACAGAGGGAAGCAGCACAAGUACGGCCGCUGCCAGCGGCUGGAGAGCCCCGCCACCCCCAGGUUCCACCCUUACUGUGACAGCGAGAGCGUGGGUAAGAGCUCCAGCUUGUCCCAAGACCAUUUAGAUGAAUGUAUACUGGAGUCAGAUCUCAUCCAAGAAAGUGUUGAUACGAUCCUGGUAGAGUAAUUCUCCCCCUUCAGAUGCUGAAACUGGAUGUUUUGGCAUUCUCCACCUAGGGAGCUCUGUGCAGCUGAUUUUCUUGAGCCACCAUUCCCCUCACCGCUGAGAUAACUGUGAAGGACUGUGUACUUUGAUUUGUGUACUUGCUUUUUUUACUUCUCUAACUUUUAAACUUGAGCUAAUUCCCAUCUAAGUCCUUCCUGGAAGCCUCCGUGUAACUCAGUUAUGUUUUUCCUGAAUGUGAAUUUAGUCCUACUCUGCUUUACUGGAGUUAAGGCUGUAUUGCUGGGUGUGAGGUUUAAACAUUGUCUAGUACUCUGUGUGGUGCUUAGGACUGUUUGUGUCCCAUAGAAUUGCUCUUCUGAAACCAGAUGGAUGGAAGUGUAGAGGGAAAUACAUAUUGUGUUUCCCGAACAGUUUGUUUUUAAUGAAAAUAAAUAUCUUAAGGAGAUGAA